GUUUCCUGCCUAUUUCACUACCGGUUGUUUAAUGAUGUCCAGGAACUCAACGAUGAUGAGCGCUUUUUCUGCGCUCUCCAUGGGCAGCACCCGGCGCAGGAGACAGCGCCAGCAGACGGAGGAGCCGGAACUGAGCUUCGGCGACCUCAUCCCUGCUCUUCCAACCGACGACAGCAACAGGUGGACCUUCAAGAGAUACAUCAUUCUCUGCGUUUCUGUCGCCGCGGUUCUCAGCCUACUGACACUGUCCGUGAGCGUCACCACAGUGGCCGUGAAAAAGACUGUUUCGAAAACAUCGCAGCUCGUGGAUGAUGACAAGCCGGAACACAUUCAACGACACAGGAGUGCAUUUUCCUGCUCGUCUAAUGCUUGCGUCCGAGAAGCGCAACGCAUCACCCAGUCGGUGAACAAGAGCUCCGAAGUGGGCCCCUGCGAGGACUUCUACACGUACACCUGCCAGGGCUGGCUGAGCGACAACCCCGUCGUGGCAGGAGCCGCCCGCACCUCGUACAGCCUCGAGAUCAGGGAGCGCGUGGAAGCCGGCAUGAUGUCCUUCAUCGAAGCUGAGACUACAGGGCCGGUGGGCGCGGACACGCCGCACAACAUGUCCAUCAUCAAGAAGCUGGUCAACUUCAUACGAGGCUGUGAACAAAAAGAGAGUAUGGUGGACGUCGGCGUGCGGCCCCUGAAACGGGUGCUCGCGGACCUGAGCCUUCGGACGUGGCCCAGCGUGCGGGCCACCGAACCCGCUGUCGAGUUGGUGGCAGGGCUCGUCGCAAGGGCGCUGGGCGAGUCCACCGUCUUCUCGGUCUCGUACGGGCCCGACCUGGCAAACCGUUCCCGCAACAUCAUCACGGUGGACCAACCCACGCUGUCCAUCCGCCGAGGCCACCUGCUGGGCAACCCACGAAACCUGGAGUCGUACCGCAUUAUCGUCAAGCAAGCCAUGGCGCUCACCAAGCCACAGGAGCAGCUCGACGGACUCGCUGGCGACGUCAUGAACCUGGUGCACCGCAUCGCCAGGUCAACAAAGACUACGAAAGAACGGAUGAAAAUCGGCUCUCACUUUCUCCGUGAACGACUGGACAGCCUUCAAGGGAAAACCAGGUGGCACUGGGCAAAGUUUCUCAACACCGUCUUCGAUGGAGUGACCAACGUUAACGACAUGCAUUACAUUCGAGUCAAGACCCCUUUCUACGUGGGUCACAUGUCACGCAUCCUCAACACUGUCUCAAGUGCCACGGUGUUCAACUACGUGGGCUUCCGCGUGGUGCUCGCGCUGUCUCCGCUGCUGUCGGAGGAGUCGGCCAAGGGCGUGGCCCGUCUUCGUCUGCGGCGACGCUUCGGGUCUCACGGCGAGGCCGCAAGCCGCCAACGCGUGUGCCUGCACCUGGCCGAAGACGCCAUGCCGCUGGUCGUGCUGCACGUGCACGCGGUGGUCUUCAACAAGGUGUACGUGCCGAGCAUCGAGAAGGUAAUCUACAGCGUGGAAAGCAUCCGCUACUUUAUGAAGGCCUUCGUCGAACAAGCUCACUGGAUGGAGCAUUCAUCGAAGAUGGCAGCUAGGUACAAGCUGAAGACUAUGAGCCUGAACAUCUUUUAUCCUCUUUGGAUUAUGGACACCGACAAGCUGGCACGAAUCUAUGCUUCGACCAUGGUGAACCGCAAAGAAAUAGCCGAGAGCUACUACCUGCUCCGCCGGGCAACCAUGCACCGUUACUGGUCCAAGUUCUCCAAGGAUCAAGCCGAACCAGAGUGGCAGGGCUCCGCCUUCGACUUGGAGUGCAGAUACGACUGCGAAGCCAACUCCUUAUAUAUACCAAUGGGAUUAUUCAGUGAGCCUGUUCUGCAUUCGGAUGUGUCUGCUAUAUUCAGCAUCUCUCGGCCAGGAGCAAGGAUUGCCCAUGCUAUGCUCGGUGCUAUCGACAAACGAGGCUUCCUGUACACCGUGUCGAGCACGUACAGAAAGUGGUGGACGGAAGAGACGCACUACCGGUACGCCCAGGUACUCUCCUGCUUCAUGGAACAGUACAAGGGCAUUGUCGAUCGCAAGCUCCAUCUAAGGCUUACUUCGUCCGGAACCUCUGAAAUGAACGUCGCCGACAAUGCAGCACCGGAAGUACUUUUCGAGGCUUUUCGACAGACAGUCGACGACAUGGACAUAGACAACCGCCGCUUCUCCAUGUCUGGACUCAGCAAAUUCACCCUGGAUCAGCUCUUCUUUAUUUCCUACGCCAUGGGAUUCUGUGAAGAGCAGAAGGAGGACUUUCUCAAGAAGCAAAUACUCCAUGGUACGACAAGUCCGGCAAAGUACAGGGUGAACCUCCCGUUCAGCAACAUGCCGUCAUUCGCCAAAGCAUUCGGCUGCUCCGAGGACAGCCCCAUGAACAGGACCCUGCGAUGCAGCUUCUGGUGACGCCAUCUUCCAACUCAUCAAUCAGUUCCGGUUGUCUGCUUCGUUUACUCGAGUUGCUGCGCCGGCUUUGUUUGUUGGACAGUGCUUUUCGGACAGAUGAUACAAAUAAACAUUUCGUAGAAGAAAUUGCGGUUCACGUA